GCUCUCUCACUCAUCCUCUCUUUCUCUCGGACUCCUCCGCUAGGGUUUUAGGGUUUUCAAAAACUCGCAGCCUCCGCAAUGGAAAGCUACCGGAGAGUCGAGAAGCCGAAGCCGGAGCUCCCCAUCAGCGAGAACGAGAUCCGCAUCACCACCCAGGGCGCCAUCCGCAACUACAUCAGCUACGCCACCACUCAGCUCCAGGAUAAACAAGUCAAUGAAAUCGUCUUGAAAGCAAUGGGACAGGCAAUCAGCAAGACAGUGGCAAUUGCUGAAAUUAUAAAGAAAAGGGUUUCAAUGUUGCAUCAAGAAACUGCAAUCAACUCUGUAAGCAUUACUGAUGUAUGGGAACCUAUUGAAGAAGGUCUUGUACCUGUGGAGAUGACUCGCCAUGUGUCAAUGAUUUCAAUUACGCUAUCAAUUAAGGAGUUAAACACAACCUCAGCAGGAUAUCAAGCUCCAUCUCCCUCUGACCAAUCUAAACCACAGCCCAAUUACCAACAGCAGCAACCAAGACAAGCUCGUGGUCCAUACAAUGCUGUCAAUGAAGAUUCAUACGGUCGAGGAAGGGGACGUGGUAGAGGCAGAGGUCGUGGCAGAGGUGGAGGAUAUGGCAACUAUCAAGGUGGAUACGAAAACUAUCAAGGGGGAUACGAAAACUAUCAAGGGGGUGGUUAUGGAAACUAUCAAGAUAAUGGUGGGUAUCCAAAUCGGGGUAGAGGUGGCGGUAGAGGUGGCGGACGAGGCAGAAGUUGGGGCAAUCGUAGUACUGGCUAUGAAAGAGGGUCUGGUGGCUAUGAAAGAGGGUCUGGUGGUUAUGAAAGAGGUUCGGGUGGCUAUGAAAGAGGUUCAGGACCAUCAGGUGGCUAUGAAAGGGGCUCGGGUGGCUAUGAAAGAGGUGCUGGUGGUUAUGAUAGAAAUGCCGGUUAUGAAGGAGGUGCUGGUGGGAAUGAUAGAGGUUAUGAUAGAAAUGCUGGGUACGAAAGAGGUCCUGGUGGGAAUGAUAGAGGCGCUGGUGGCUAUGAAAGAGGUCCUCGUGGCUAUGACAGAGGUACUGGUGGCUAUGAAAGAGGCAGAGGUCAAGGGGGCAGAGGAUAUGGUCGUGGGAGGGGACAGAUGGGUGGACGCUCCAGGGGUGGUGCAAACCAGGCAUAAUUCACAGUAGGUGAUAUUUUUUGCUUCCGCCAUGUGCAUGCCUUUUGCCCAUGAGGGUGAGUUUUAUCAGAAUGCUGUUUGAAUAGCGUGAAAUGUGGCUUGCAAUAUUUGGCGUUGUUAAAACAGUUUCUAUGUUGAUGUUUUGCUUCUCUUCAAUUAUGUUGAUAAGUGCAUGUGGACAUGGGCAGGCUUGUUUUGGUUGCUGCAUAUAGCCAAGUGAAAAAUGGUUGGUUUUUGGUA